UGGAGAAAUAACACCUGUAACAUAGGAUUUAUUAACUUUAGAAAGGGCACGUCGUCGAGAUCGCCCUGGCAAGGAGAGACGAACUGGAUCGUCGGGAACCCCGAGCGGGGAGGGGGAACAGCCCCCUACCUUUAGCAAUGAAGACAAACCUCAGUAAGCGCUAGCUAGCUAACGUUAGCUUGCAACAAUAUCAAUACGCUAUAGAUAUACAGCUUUCCGCCGCCGGCAACUAGCCUGUUUAAGGCCUUGCCGGCUAGCUACAGUUAAUGCGCAUAAGGUUUUAGCUGUUGGAGCUAAAUAGCUAGCUGUUGGUGUAAAUAGUGCUUUUUUGAGUUUUUUGGUGCAAUGAGUUUGCCGCCGAAGCCAGCUGGAGCUGCACCCGUCGGACCUACACCGGGACCCGGGCCGGCCCCCUCUACUCAGCUGCGGUCUUCGCUGCCCACAGUACCCUUACCCGGCCAGCCGCUCGCACAGCAGCCGCCUCCUGUACCACCGGCACAAGUUUUCCUUAAUGCGUUGUACCCCAGGAUUCCCAGAGUGCCGCCGCAACUGGAUGAGCGAAUCUUCUCCACACAGCCUGGCGUCGCUGCUGUCUACAGUGUCCAGCGACCCCCCGGCCCCCACUUCACAGCCCACGAAAUCAACAAAGGAUACCCUAGCCUUGCGGCCACGCCGCCGGGCCACGCCUCCUCGCCCGGCCUCUCUCAGGUAUCAGUUUCCACAGUAUCCAGUGCGCAUCUGUAUGGCCACCCUAAAGUCUGGGAGGCAGGAGGAGUGUCUCCAUAUCAAACUGGCCAGAAUGCCGGGACGACCCAACUGGUCUACUCGCCACCAACGCAACCAAUGAACGUCCAGCCUCAGAGCCGUCCGUUUGCCCCUGGGUCUCGUCCUACCCAUCAUCAGUUUUUCCCGAGGACCCAGAUGCAGACGGCCCGGUCCGCCAUUCCAAGCAACAACCCUACCAUUCGGCCUGUCUCUCAGGCACCAACUGCCACUGUCUACUCCCCCAACCAGGCCAUCAUGAUGUCCAUGACACCCAUGCCCUUCGCAACGCCCCAGCCCCCCCACUACUACUUACCCCAGUAUCGGCACAGCGCACCUCAAUACGUAGGGCCUCCCCAGCAGUACCCAGUCCAAGCUGCAGGACCCAGUACCUUCUACCCUGGACCUACUCCUGGAGAGUUCCCGCCAGCCUAUGCCGCAGGACCUCAGUACUAUCCUAGCCAGACCAUGUACACCCCAUCUCCAUCCAUAAUAGUGCCUACACCCCAGCAACCUCCACCUACAAAGCGGGAGAAGAGGACAAUCCGGAUCCGAGACCCUAACCAGGGUGGCAAGGACAUAACAGAUGAGAUCUUGUCAGGAGUGGGAGGUAGUCGGAACCCCACCCCGCCAGUUGGUCGGCCCUCCUCCACACCUACUCCUCCACAGUUUUUAUGUCCACACCCUCAUUAUCCUCACAUUUUCUACCUCAAAUCCCAGCAGCUGAACAGCCAGGUAGUGGAACAUGGGCAUGUCAUAUAUAAUGUGGAGGGUGCCCCGGUCCUCCCAGCUUCCAUCAACUUGAAACCAGAUGACAAGCCAAAGCUUGAAUGUGCUGUAUUGAAGUCAUCAUCACCUGGGCUGCGAGAUGCAGAGCCUGUUCAGAGACGAGAGUCCAGCAGCCCUGCCCCUGUCCCUAAAUCAUAUCCCUCUGAGAAAUCUGAGCUUCCUCUCUCAGGCCCAGAACUGGCCCCCAGUGUAGCUCCACCCACUCUCACCUCUACUAAGCCUGCCUCAGCAGAGGAGACAGCAAGACCCCGUACACCUGCAGUGGAGCCCGGCCCCGUUCGGGCCGUCACGCCAGAGCCAGAGAAACCUGUACCUGAGCAAAUUCCACAAGAGGUGCCAGCCUCCACAGCGCAGGCUGUAAAGGCUGUCAACGGGCUGGCCGAAGGGGAUGCCACGUCUCAGUGUGACGACUCCGACUUCCAGCCGCCCAAGGAGCCAAGCCCUGUCCUGGAGGCCCAAGGUUCGGAAGUUAAGGCUACUGGUCCUGCAGCUGUCGAAAUAGUUUCUCCAAGCACUGUAACAACUCCCCUGCCCACCACCAUCUCUGCUGCUGUUGUGUGUUCUCUUCCUGCACCUCCAGGCCUCACUCAUCCAAGCCAGGUUGCCGUAGAAGCAGCUACAGCUUUGACUUGGUCAGAGCUUAGCAAUGCUGACAAGGAGGCACAGGUCGAGCCAGAAGAGAAAGCGGAGAUCACAUUACAAUCUAAUCUUAGACAAAGUUCAAGUCAAGUUACAUCUAGUGUACCAAAGACAUGGAAAAAGCCAAAAGAGGACAACUCCGUGGGGCAUUCCCAGUGUCCUGACACAGAGGAAACGCUGGAGCCAGCUGUAGAAGCUGAAGUGGAGUGCUCCAGCCCUUCUCCUGUGUCUGUGGAGCGACGGGCCUCAGCAGGAACACCGCUGGAGGAGAAUGGAGAGCAGGAGGCAGAGCCUCUGAAGAACGGGCCAGAGCUCAGCUCAGAGGCCGAGAGCGGUGAUGGAGUCAAUGCACCUGGACUCAUAGAGACGAUACAGAAGCCAGAACUGAAAAAUGGGAAGAGGCAGUACAACAGAGAUUUUCUGUUGGGCUUCCAGUUCAUGCCUGCCUGUGUGCAGAAGCCAGAAGGACUUCCCCCCAUAUCAGAUGUGGUUCUUGAUAAGAUAAACCAAAAUAAGCUGCCUCUUAGGCCUGACCCACGGCUUAUCUCCAGAGGCCCAGAUUUCACCCCAGCCUUCGCUGACUUCAGCAGGAUACCUGGAGUAAGAGGAGCACCACUGCUAAAUGUAGGCCUGAGACGGCUUCCUCCCCGCAAGAUCAUUAUGAAUCUUUCAGUCAAUGAAGAGGUGCAGUUAAAGAAGGCUGAGAAUGCCUGGAAGCCCGGGUUGAAAAAGGAAAGCGCCACAGAUGAGCCAGAGACCCUGAAAACUCAGGAGAUUUUCCGGAGGGUGCGCAGUAUCCUAAACAAACUCACACCCCAGAUGUUUAACCAGCUGAUGAAGCAGGUGACGGAUCUCACCAUCGACACAGAGGAGCGCCUUAAAGGGGUCAUUGACCUGGUUUUUGAGAAAGCCAUCGAUGAGCCCAGCUUCUCUGUGGCAUAUGGCAAUAUGUGUAGCUGUCUGGCUACAUUAAAAGUGCCCAUGGCAGACAAGCCUACCAGCACUGUGAAUUUUCGAAAGCUGCUGCUAAACCGCUGUCAGAAAGAGUUUGAGAAAGACAAAGUCAAUGACGACGUCUUUGAGAAGAAGCAGCGGGAGCUAGAAUCGGCCGCCUCAACCAGUGAGCGGGAGCGGCUGCAGGAGGAGCUGGAGGAGGCGAAGGACAAAGCGCGCAGGAGAUCAAUCGGAAACAUCAAGUUCAUAGGAGAGCUGUUUAAGCUGCGCAUGUUGACCGAGGCUAUCAUGCAUGACUGUGUGGUGAAGCUGCUAAAGAAUCAUGACGAGGAAAGUCUCGAGUGCCUUUGCAGACUCCUCACCACCAUCGGCAAGGACCUGGACUUUGAGAAGGCCAAGCCCCGAAUGGAUCAAUACUUCAACCAGAUGGAGAAGAUAGUGAAGGAGAGGAAAACCUCAUCACGUAUUCGGUUCAUGCUGCAGGAUGUCAUUGAUCAGCGACUGCAUAACUGGGUGUCUCGGCGAGCUGAUCAGGGUCCUAAGACCAUUGAGCAGAUCCACAAGGAGGCAAAAAUCGAAGAGCAGGAGGAGCAAAGGAAAGUUCAUCAACAGCUGCUAUCCAAGGACAAGAGAAGACCAGUAAUACAGAGAGAAGAGACCUGGAACACUGUGCCCGUUCCUAAGAACAGUAGAACAAUAGACCCCAGCAAGAUCCCCAAAAUUACCAAGUCAAUAGAUGAUAAGAUUCAGUUGGUGCCACGAGCUCAGCUUAGCUGGAUGAAGGGCAGCAGUGGAGGAGCUGGAGCCAAGGCCACUGAAUCCGACGUCUUACAGCCUAGCAGUCUGAACCGUUAUUCACCUCUACAGCCUUCAGCUCCAGCAGCUUCCUCCACUUCUUCUGUGUCUACUGAGUUUGAGGGUAAAGGUGGCCUGAGCAGUCGUGGGAGCUCAGGUCGAGAGCGAAACGAUAAUCUGUUGAGUUCCGUCCCCUUGAAGCCUGGCCUUCCAGCUGGAAGCGAGGUUAGUAAGGAGACCCCUGAGGAGCCAGCACAGGAGGAGGUGCAUAAGGACACGCACGUCUCCGACACACCCAAACUGCAGCCCAGUACAGCCAGCAGGAGCAAACUGGAGCGCAGCCAAUCCAGGGAAUCUGUAAAACUUGAAGCAAUGGCAGUUCCUUCUACAGAGAAGCCUGCGUUACCAGAGGAGGAGAUGGAGAAACGGUCCAAGUCAAUUAUUGAUGAGUUUUUGCACAUUAAUGACUACAAGGAGGCCGUGCAGUGCGUGCAGGAACUGGAACAGCCCUCCAUGCUGUACGUCUUUGUGCGGGUGGGCGUGGAGUCCACGCUGGAGAGGAGCCAGAUCACGCGUGACCACAUGGGCCAGCUGUUUUAUCAGCUGCUACAGGCCGAGUGCCUCUCCAAACCUCAGUUCUUUAAAGGGUUCUCUGAAACCCUCGAGACAGCAGAUGAUAUGGCCAUUGAUAUUCCUCAUAUAUGGCUGUACUUAGCAGAGCUGGUUAAUCCAGUUCUUCGGGAAGGGGGAAUCUCUAUGAGAGAAUUAUUUAGUGAAUUUAGCAAACCAUUACUCCCUGUGGGAAGAGCUGGGAUUUUAUUUUCUGAAAUAUUGCACCUUCUAUGCAAACAAAUGAGCCAUAGGAAAGUGGGGGCCUUCUGGAGGGACUCUGGGUUGAACUGGGCGGAUUUACUCCCUGAAACAGAGGACGUCCACAGCUUCAUCACCGAGCAGAAACUGGACUUUACGCUGUCUGAUGGCUCAAGUCCACCGGACACGGUCUCUGAGAGAACCCUUUCGUCCGAGGAGCUGAACAAGCAGCUUGAGAAACUUCUCCUGGAGGACGUGGCUAGCGACGAACAAAUUUUCGACUGGGUAGAGGCAAAUCUAGAUGAAUCGGAAAUGAGUUCGCCGCCAUUUCUCAGAGCUCUGAUGACUGCUGUGUGUAAAGCCGCAGUUAAAUGGGAGAGCUCGUCCUGCCGAGUGGACACGGCCGUCAUCCAGAAGCGAUUGCCUGUAUUACACAAGUACCUUAACUCAGACACAGAGAGACAGUUACAAGCACUUUAUGCACUUCAAUGUUUGAUAGUAAAACUGGACCAGCCUCCCAACCUGCUCCGGAUGUUCUUUGACUGUCUGUACGACGAGGACGUGAUCUCCGAGGACGCUUUCUACAAGUGGGAGACCAGCAAAGACCCGGCCGAACUGCAGGGCAAAGGCGUAGCGCUCAAAUCGGUCACGGCCUUUUUCACGUGGCUCAGAGAAGCCGAGGAGGAGUCCGAGGACAAUUGACGAGCGGGGCGAACGGACACGUUUGCCGGCGUGUGCCGAAAUAAGACAGUAGUCGCUGAACCAAUAAGUUCAUCUUCAAAAAAGAUACUCGAGCAACGAUUCCGUACAGAUAGGAAAAAUGGGCCGGGGAAUUGCGAACGCUCCGGUUCACAGACAAAGCAACGGGAUGAUUUAACAAUUGCUGGAGCACUAAAAAGAGUACAUGUAUUAUUUAUAGUGAUAUUUGUUUUUAAUUUUCUUUUGUUACUUUUUAAGAGGAGAAUCUUUAAUAAUACAAUGACAUGCUACAAUGAAUCAAAUCAAAAGCUAAAUUCAGACUCUAAUUUAUGUUAGGGAUUUUAAAAAAAAAAAGAAUUACAGAUGAAACUGUUUAACAUUUUGCAGAUGGCCCAGACAGGAAGCAUUAGAGGAAAAAAAGAAUAAUUCUAUCAUUAAUAUAAUAAUAGUUAACGUUGUUAACGGGCCUUUCUGUAUUUCAGAUUGUUCAGGUGAGGACAGUAGCGUUUUUUGAGGAACUGACAGUCAGGGUUCGAGAGAAGAUCGAUGCAGUUUUCGGUCAGAUGGUAAAAGGUUAUUAUUCAAUAACCGCAGCAAUUUUUCUUCUGCUUUAGCUUGCUCUCCAUGGAAACAUAAUCCAGCAGAACUAUGCAGUCGAAAGCCUGCUGAGAUUAUCAACACAACCUUCGAACGGAAAUGAGCAAACAGCAACUUGUACAAAACACUAAGAAAUGUUGCUAAACCUAAAGUGCUUGUUAAGUCUUCAUACUGAUAAAGCAAAUUUAAAACAUGUAAAUAAAUUAAAACGGGGAAAAAUACACGCAAAA